UUGCUUUUGGUUUCCUCUGCGUGAGACCCAAACCUGCUUGCAAAGGGCAGGCAUGCUCAUUCCGGGACAAGAGGAAGUCAGUCCUGCUCCCCGAGCCUGUGUCUCUCUGUCCCCUGCCCAGAGGAAGGGGGAAGCCAGGGGCCCAUUUGGGGGCCCAGCCCCCAAUCCCACCCAGCAGAGGAAACCAAGGUCGGGGCAGCUGUGAUUGCUCCCUGGUCCUGGAGAGGAAACUGGAAGCAGCGGUGGACAGAGCACUGAGCCUGCCUAGGAGGCCAUCUGCUUUAUCUGAAGAUUUUCAGCUGAUGAAGAACUAGGAGGCUCAAACACUAUCUUACCUGAGUCCAGGACAAGUGACUUGGAGAGUGCGCUCUUCUGUGGCAGGAUCAGGUCUGUCUAGGGCAGGAUGGCCCAGGAUCUCAGCGAGAAGGACCUGUUGAAGAUGGAGGUGGAGCAGCUGAAGAAAGAAGUGAAAAACACAAGAAUUCCGAUUUCCAAAGCGGGAAAGGAAAUCAAGGAGUACGUGGAGGCCCAAGCAGGAAACGAUCCUUUUCUCAAAGGCAUCCCUGAGGACAAGAAUCCCUUCAAGGAGAAAGGUGGCUGUCUGAUAAGCUGAUGGCAUGGAGCCCCGCCCUGAGUGUCUGUCCCUCUUCAGCCAAGCCCAAGUCUCCUAGACCCCCAGGGAGCCAGUGAACUGUCACCUUCUCUUCAUCACAGAAUGAGUAAAGAUCCCUGAACAAAUGCAUUGUGAACCCAUUCCCCACUCCCACCUUCAACUCUUUUCUCCCAUUAUUUCCUCCACCUGCUGGGUCUCUGCUGACCUUGCUGGGAACACUCUGAGGACAGUGUGGCUGGCCGAGCGGUUGGCCCCAUGGGUGGUGGGGUGUGAGGAGCCUGCAAUACCCUGAGACCCCAGAGGGCAGUCCUUAGGAAGCACUUACACCACCUGGGAACCCCUCCGUCUUUUCCCUCCACUCUCAUCCUAGGAAUAAAGCAUUUCCACGCCAGAGUAGUUUGGGCUGGGGGCCAGGGUUGGGUGGUCCUGUCCCUCCAUAUCAUGUCCUACCCUAUGGUCCUGUUCCUAGUCAUUUAGAUCACCCCAGAUGGCCUGAUGACAACAAGAGUUUGUGAAGUUAUGAUUUCAUGAUUUCUUUAAUAUUGUCAAGUAGUCUGUUAGUGCUGGGCACUAUGGAUGGAAGAGUGUGCAAGACGAACAUGGCUCCUAUUUUCAUGGAAUUUAGUGGAGAAGACAUGAAACAAUUUACAAUUAAGUCCAUAAAUGCUACAAUGGGGAGAGUCAAGGGCAGUGUAGGAACACACAGCCGAGAGACAUUCAGGGCAAUGAACAAUGUCAAUGUAAAUGCCGUCGAGGGGUGCAGAAUGGGGGCUGGAAAAGCAUGAGGCUAGAGAGGGAGAUUGGGGUCAAGUCUUGAAGGACCUUUCGGUGAACUCAGUUAGGAACUUUCUUCUUUAUCCUAAGAGCAAUAGGAAGCCUAGGACGGUAUUUAAGCAGAUUCUGGUUAGCAGAAGGGAGGCUGGAUCCUGCUAAGGACUGGGAAUGUAGUGAUGGAUCAGACCAAUUCCUGGGCCUUGCCAGCAAGGAAAGGACUGAAAGAGCCGCAGACAAACCAGCACUCACAAUACAAUAUGCUCAGUGCAACAGCGGAGAGGUCUGCGAGGGCUAUGAUGGAAUCCCAUAGGAGGGCUACCUAAUCUUGCUGAAGGGGUGCGUUGAGUCCUGGGAAGGAAGACAGGAAAGGCCUUUAGAAGGAGGUGAUAUCCGGAGCUGAGUUCUAAAGGGUUAAGUUGUCAAUGGGUGGAUGGAUGGCACUUCUGGUGGGCCAGUAUAAACAGAGGCAUGAUAUGAGAAAGGACCAUGGUUUGAAUGGGAGCACCAAUCAGGUUGGAGUGGGAAUGUCAAGAGGUCUAGAUCCUUAGGAUCUGCUGCUAGAGAGGGCUUGGAGGUGAUUAGAGGGGUCUUGUUUGCUGAACUAAACAAACUUAUUUGCUGGGAAUGACUUGGUAAUGUUAGAAGGAAAUUUGCUUUUUUGGGGGAGAGGGUGACAAAGUCUUGCUCUGUCGCCCAGGUUGGAGUGCAGGGGUGCAAUCAUGGCUCACUGCACCCUCUGCCUCCUGGGCUCAAGCAAUCCUCCCACCUCAGCCUCCCAAGUAGCUGGAACUACAGGUGUGUGCCACCAUGCUUAGCUAAUUUUUAAAUUUUUUUGUAGAGACAGGGUCUCACUAUAUUGCACAGGCUGAUCUCGAACUCCUGGCCUCAAGCAAUCCUCCUGCCUCGGUCUCCCAAAGUGCUGGGAUUAUAGGCGUGAGCUACCAAGCCUGGCUGGAAAUUUGCUUUUUACAAGAUUGAACAGGGAAAGAGUAAAGGCAGAGUGGCAGUUAAGGAGGUGAUUUUUCCAUCAGGGGUUAGGUGAGGAAGGCCUGAAUUAGGGCAGUGGCCAUAAGUCUCGGGGGCGGUAGGUAAGCUGAUGAGUUCUUUGGGAAAUAAAGUUUUCAGAUCUUGACACUUCUUUGAGUUAUGAGUGAGGGAGAAUGAGUUGUCAAGGAUGGCAUCCAAGUUUCUGGCUUGUAGGGUUUACUAGAUAGAAAUGAAAGCAAGUCUCUGAAAACAAACCUAAUCUAAUAGUCAUCCUACAUACUACAGCUGCAGCCUCCCUUCCCCAGCUGGUCACAGCCCAAAUGCCAAGGGUGAGGUCACAGGGCCUCUGUGGUCAAAAUCCAGGAUCUCCACUUCCCAAUUCCAUCCUGACUCCAUCUCACCAUUCUGCAAGCUGGUGUCAAUUCAACCACUCUCCAUAUACUCUGCUCAAGAGAAGGAAAAGAUGAGGAAUGAGAAAGGAAAAACAUUAAAGACAGUAAUCCUUCCUUCAAAAAAUGGGGAAAGGUAAAUAUUCCAUAGGGCUCUGGCAGUAAGGAAGGAAAAAAAGAUGGGAGGCCAGUCAUGCAGCCAUCGGCCAUGUGGCUACAGCUUCCUUCUUCCACCUGCCCAGUCCUUAUUCUCCUGUCUUCAGGCAGGCUCUCACUGGUUGGGGUUCUGGAUCCAGAGCGGCAACUCUAACCUCUGUUCCUGAGGCUCUUCAACCCUUGGUGGGACUCUGAUUAGAGUAGCAGUUUCUUCAGCCCACCGUUCCGCAGGGCAUUGUGCCCCAGGUGUUCUCUGUUUCCUCCUGUACCUUUCCUGGCCACACCAGGGUGUGGUAACAAUCACAGGACACCCUGAGUCUCAGGGUCGGUCAUCAGCCUGACAUUCUGACCCCCUUUUCUGUCUCUUCCUAAUGCCACAGGGAGCCUCAAAUGGCACGGUAGAAAUCUCAGCUUCUAAAGGGAUUAUGACAUUGUGCCCUGUGGCUUCCUUCCCUCCCUUCUUUCCUUCUUUCCUUCCUUCCUUCCUUUCUUCUUUUUUUCUGAGACACAGUUUUGCUCUUGUUGCCCAGGCUGGUGUACAAUGACCUGAUCUUGGCUCACUGCAACCUCUGCCUCCUGGGUUCAAGUGAUUCUCCUGCCUCAGUCUUCCCAAGUAGCUGGGAUAACAGGCAUGCACCACCACGCCCAGCUAAUUUUAUAUUUUUAGUAAAGAUGGGGUUUCUCCAUGUUGGUCAGGCUAGUCUCGAACUCCUGACUUCAGGUGAUCCGACUGCCUUGGCCUCCCAAAUUGCUGGGAUUACAGGUGUAAGCCACCGUGCCCAGCGGGCAGCAUUCCUUUCUUGCAUGCCCAGACCUUCACACUCUUGAUUAGGAGGACAAGAAUGAUAAUUCGGAGAGUGGGUCAUUGAUGCCAUCUGAGCCAUCCUUUCCCUCCUCUAGCCUACAGAUCCUUGAGUUUUUUAGCCAUGAAGGGAAAACACUGUAAGUUGUUUCUGGUUCCAUUCAUAGCACAGCCAGCAACCUUCCUGACAUUACUUAGUCUUUGCAAAGUGGUGUCCACCUACCUGGCACCACCCUGGGUCUUUACUAGGGCAGCCUAUCACUCAGCCACUUGCUUCUAAAUAACAGACACAUGGUGAGAUCAGCAAAUCCUGUUGACAGUAGCCCCAACCUUAUUUCUUUUUGUUUCUUUGGUAGUUUUAUUUUGAAGAAUUUUAGAUUUACAGAGGCGUUGCAAAGUUAGUACAGAGAGUUCCCAUAUACCCUUAACCCGGCUUCCCCUAAUGUUAACAUCUUCAUAACCAUGGUACUUUUAAAAUUAAAAAAUUAACAUUUGUAUAACACUGUUAA